CUCUGAUGCUUGUCCCCGCUAAGGUGGGAUGGUUUGUCAUGGAGCUGCCAUCAUUUCUCAUACCAGUUCUAUUACUUUACCUAUCUGGCAGUUUGGACAGCACAGGAAAGAAAUUGCUUUUGUUUCUGUUCUGCGGCCACUACUUUCACAGGACAUUUAUUUAUGGAAAUAGAAUCAAAGGAAACCCAAUGCCUUUCAAAAUUGUUAUCUCCGCGUUUAUAUUUUGUGCUUUUAAUGGCUACCUUCAGGGAUACAGCCUGAUUUACUGCACUCACUAUGAUGACGACUGGACCUCUGAAAUCAGAUUCAUUUCAGGUGUUCUGCUAUUUUUGAUGGGACUAACAAUCAACAUUCACAGUGACUACAUAUUAUUGUGCCUAAGAAAAUCCAAUGAAAAUAUUUAUUUUAUUCCUCAAGGUGGGUUUUUUGAAUACGUCUCAGGAGCUAAUUAUUUUGGUGAAAUAGUGGAGUGGUUCGGCUAUGCUCUUGCAACAUGUACUUUUCCAGCCUUCUUGUUUGCCAUUUUCACUGCAAUUAAUCUGGGGUUUCGUGCACACCAACAUCACAGAUACUAUUUGCAGAAGUUUGAUGAUUACCCCAAAUCGAGGAAAUCCCUGAUACCUUUCAUCAUUUGAGAGUCAACUGGAAGAUAAUGGCAUCACAUUCAGGAUGUUCAAGUGAAAACCAUCAUAUGAAAAUCAAUAUCAGUUCUUAAACUUUAAAGAAUAUAUUUACUCUGAUUUUAUAUUUGUUAUAACUGAUUUAUACACAUACAUAUUCUACCAU